AUGCUGGACAUGGGAGAUAGGAAAGAGGUGAAAAUGAUCCCCAAGUCCUCGUUCAGCAUCAACAGCCUGGUGCCAGAGGCGGUCCAGAACGACAACCACCACGCGAGCCACGGCCACCACAACAGCCACCACCCCCAGCACCACCACCACCACCACCACCACCACCACCACCCGCCGCCGCCCGCCCCGCAACCGCCGCCGCCGCCGCCACAGCAGCAACCGCCGCCGCCGCCGCCCCCUGCACGGGGCGCCCCGGCCGCCGACGACGACAAGGGCCCCCAGCAGCUGCUGCUCCCGCCGCCGCCGCCGCCGCCGCCCCCGGCCGCCGCGCUGGACGGGGCCAAAGCGGACGGGCUGGGCGGCAAGGGCGAGCCGGGCGGCGGGCCCGGGGAGCUGGCGCCCGUCGGGCCGGACGAGAAAGAGAAGGGCGCCGGCGCCGGGGGGGAGGAGAAGAAGGGGGCGGGCGAGGGCGGCAAGGACGGGGAGGGGGGCAAGGAGGGCGAGAAGAAGAACGGCAAGUACGAGAAGCCGCCGUUCAGCUACAACGCGCUCAUCAUGAUGGCCAUCCGGCAGAGCCCCGAGAAGCGGCUCACGCUCAAUGGCAUCUACGAGUUUAUCAUGAAGAACUUCCCUUACUACCGCGAGAACAAGCAGGGCUGGCAGAACUCCAUUCGCCACAACCUGUCCCUCAACAAGUGCUUCGUGAAGGUGCCGCGCCACUAUGACGACCCGGGCAAGGGCAACUACUGGAUGCUGGACCCCUCGAGCGACGACGUGUUCAUCGGCGGCACCACGGGCAAGCUGCGGCGCCGCUCCACCACGUCGCGGGCCAAGCUGGCCUUCAAGCGCGGGGCGCGCCUCACCUCCACCGGCCUCACCUUCAUGGACCGCGCCGGCUCCCUCUACUGGCCCAUGUCGCCCUUCCUGUCCCUGCACCACCCCCGCGCCAGCAGCACUUUGAGUUACAACGGCACCACGUCGGCCUACCCCAGCCACCCCAUGCCCUACAGCUCCGUGUUGACUCAGAACUCGCUGGGUAACAACCACUCCUUCUCCACAGCCAACGGCCUGAGCGUGGACCGUCUGGUCAACGGGGAAAUCCCGUACGCCACGCACCACCUCACGGCCGCCGCGCUCGCCGCCUCGGUGCCCUGCGGCCUGUCGGUGCCCUGCUCCGGGACCUACUCCCUCAACCCCUGCUCGGUCAACCUGCUCGCGGGCCAGACCAGUUACUUUUUCCCCCACGUCCCGCACCCGUCAAUGACUUCGCAGAGCAGCACGUCCAUGAGCGCCCGGGCCGCGUCCUCGUCCACGUCUCCGCAGGCCCCCUCGACCCUGCCCUGUGAGUCUUUAAGACCCUCUUUGCCAAGUUUCACGACGGGACUGUCCGGGGGACUGUCUGAUUAUUUCACACAUCAAAAUCAGGGGUCUUCUUCCAACCCUUUAAUACAUUAA